AUGUUCCUCCUCAGACACAUGCUGCUGCUCCGUUACCUCCUCCUGUCGACCGCUGUGGUUCUCCUCCUCUUCGUCAGCUCCUUCUGGCUCCCUCAGUGGGACCUCAGAGACUGCGGCUCCGCCUGGCAGCCAUGUUUGACCUCUUCCCGCCAAACGCCUCUGGAUGCAUUGGUCCCAAUAGAGUGGGCGGAGCCAGAAGAAGCCCCGCCUUUCAUUAAAGAGUGUCCCGGCCAGACCUUUCAGGCCCGGCGUCUGCUGCGGUACCUCAGGUUCAGUCUGAGUGAAGACGAGGACGACGUCCUGCUGGAGACGUACCUGCAGAGCUGGGAUCAACUCCUCAAUUUCAUGGAGUCUCUCGGGACGAUGGUCGGUUUCUUUUCCCAGAAGGUGAGAGAAAAGGUUACGUUGAUCCGAGAGCUGUCACUCAAACACGCCUCAAAGGCUGAUGGGAAAUUGACGGACUCCUCCAAACCACGAACUCCAGCAGCGUUUGGAUUAAAACACGGGGCGUAUCGAUCUGUUCGUUCCAUGGUGGAGGCGGAGCUACAGGCGGGCGUGGUCAACUUCUCCCGUCGCACGGAUUCGGGCAGCAGAACGCUGCUGCGGCUGCAUCGAUCCCUGCUCUGGCUCAAGUUGAUGCUGGACGGUUUGUCUGAAGGAGCGGGAGCCGACGGACGAUUCAGAACCCCCGGAGAGCUGAGCAGGGACGCCUACAGGGUGGCGCUGGCCCCCCACCACCCCUGGGUGCUCCGUCAGGCCGCAGAGCUGGUCUUCAUGGCUCUCCCCGACAGGGACUACUUCCUACAGCUGGUGUGCGUGCAGACCCAGGAGGAGGCCACGCCCGUCCUGCGCGUCAUCAUCCACGCCCUGACGCUGGUCCACGCCCGAACCCAACGGAUCCUGGCCCAGUACGACCUGUUGGAGCUGCCCUGAACCCG